AGUAAGAAGAGAUAAGGGCACUGAAAAGCAAAAUCACUUACUUUACACUGACUGUGAGAAGUCUCAGCUUGUAAAUAAGUUUUCUCUCACCCUCAUGGAUAUUUCUAGAUGGUGAGAUGAAUACAAGAGGCUGAGCAACAUGGAGACUUCACAUUUCACCUUCUGAAUAAAAACGUCCUGCCGUCGAGAUCAGUCCGGAAUAAUGUGGGGGGCUGAGCCAAGGACCCUGGUGGUGGCGGUUUUCUCCAGAGAAGAUCAGAGCUCGUACGAGUGGUUGAGGAGAGUCCUUCAGUCUUUCCCUACGGUGAGGGACGUGAAGUCCAUUGUUAUCUCUAAUAACAACUUUGUGACCUUCUUAGAAGAGGUUUCCCAGUGUGACUUUGCCAUUCUGUACCACUCAAUGAGGAGAGGAAGGAUCAACGUGUCUGAUGUGGUGGAUUCUCUGUAUGAUGGGGAGCUUGAGGUUCUAUUUAGAGUUCAAGGAAAGAAAAAGAUUUUAGUGGUGAUAGAUGACUUAGAGGACAGCGGCAGUGAAGCAAAGAAGGUGAUUCUGCAGAACCAGCAAAGCAUUGGAAGGUGGGCUGAGGAACUGUUCCUAAUUAGCUCCCAGGAGAAAGACUGUUUGGAUCCUGGUCCUGAUCUGCUCAUACAGGCCAGUGAUCAUAACAUUCACGCAGUGACUCUAAUGAGGGAGAAAUUGGAACAUAUGAAGCAGUUGAUUGAAGGAAAAAAGGAGGAAACACCCCCUAGUAACCCUAGAAACCCAGAUAAUGACAUCACUAUACAGAGGAAUGACAGCUUUGAUGAGAAAAAGCUGGUUGCAUUCUUUCUUGUGCUCGUCAUACUAUUCGCUAUAUUAUUCCCAGUGUUUCUUUACUCCCAGUCAGACAGACAGCGUGGUCCCUAAUCCUGGAAGCACCAAAUAGGGAAUGUUUCCGUUAAUGGUGGAAACUAUGGACAUUUAAAGGAGAAAUUACGCUAUAAGGUUCAGUACUGGCAGGACACCGUGGGGGUUAUUUAUCAAAAUCCAAAAAUGUAUCCGAAUUUUCUGAUAACUACUCUGACCAUUAUCAGUACAAUUUCCAGAAAAAUUCUUGUGCAGGAAAAAACUCGCUAAAAUCGUGAAAAAAUCUGAAUACUGCAAAUUUUCAGAUUUGACACCCAAAUAUUGCAACUUUUUUGGAUUUGAAGCUGGAAUACCGCGACUCUUUUGGAUUUGACGCUUGUACACCGCAACUUUUUUUGAUUUGAACCUCAAAUACCGCAACUUUUUUGGACUUGACGCACGAAUACCACAACUUUUUCAGAUUUGACGAUCGAAUACCACAACAUUUUUGGGUUUGACGCCCAAAUAACGAAACUUUUUCGCAUAUGACGUCCAAAUACUGAAACUUUUGCAGAUUUCACUCUCGAAUAACGCAACUUUUUUGGAUUUGACGCUUGAAUACAGCAACUUUUUCCGACUUGACGCUCAAAUACCGCAACUUUCCUGAUAUGAUGCUCAAAUACUGCAACUUUUACAGAUUUCACUCUGGAAUAACGCAACUUUUUCGGAUUUGACGCUUGAAUACCGAAACUUUUUUGGAUAUGACGCCCAAAUACUGCAACUUUUGCAUAUUUCACUCUCGAAUAACACAACUUUUUUGGACUUGACGCCCGAAUACCACAACUUUUUCGGAUUUGACGAUCGAAUACCACAACUUUUUUGGAUUUGAC